GUGCGGCUUGUUUUCCCGGCUGGGCUCUGGAGCGGCGGGUGCGGCGCGAUGCACGGGUACCCGGGAGCGGACGGCUGCGAGCCCCGAUGAAGCCCAAGCGGCCCCAGCCCGAUGGAGGCGCCUCCGUGGGAGCCGGUGCGCAACGACUCGCUGCCACCCACGCUGAGCCCGGCCGUGCCGCCCUAUGUGAAGCUUGGCCUGACUGCGGUCUACACCGCCUUCUACGCUCUCCUCUUCGUGUUCAUCUACGCGCAGCUCUGGCUGGUGCUGCGCUACGGCCACAAACGACUCAGCUACCAGAGCGUCUUCCUCUUCCUCUGCCUCUUCUGGGCCUCGCUGCGUACUGUGCUCUUCUCCUUCUACUUCCGAGACUUCGUGGCGGCCAACUCGUUCAGCCCUUUCGUCUUCUGGCUGCUCUACUGCUUCCCCGUGUGUCUGCAGUUCUUCACCCUCACGCUUAUGAACUUAUACUUCACCCAGGUGAUUUUCAAAGCCAAGUCAAAAUAUUCUCCAGAAUUACUCAAGUAUCGGUUGCCCCUCUACCUGGCCUCCCUCUUCAUCAGCCUUGUGUUCCUGCUGGUGAAUCUGACCUGCGCUGUGCUGGUGAAGACGGGAACCUGGGAAAGGAAGGUUAUCGUUUCUGUGAGAGUGGCCAUCAAUGAUACGCUCUUUGUGCUGUGUGCCGUCUCUCUCUCCAUCUGCCUCUACAAAAUCUCCAAGAUGUCCCUAGCCAACAUCUACCUGGAGUCAAAGGGCUCAUCGGUGUGUCAGGUGACUGCCAUCGGUGUCACCGUCAUCUUGCUCUACACCUCUCGGGCCUGCUACAAUCUGUUCAUCUUGUCGUUUUCUCAGAUCAAGAAUGUCCACUCCUUUGAUUAUGACUGGUACAAUGUAUCAGACCAGGCAGACCUGAAGAGCCAGCUGGGUGAUGCCGGCUAUGUAGUGUUCGGCGUGGUGCUUUUCGUGUGGGAGCUCCUACCCACCACCUUGGUGGUCUACUUCUUCCGAGUCAGAAGCCCCAUGAAGGACCUUACCAGCCCUGGGAUGGUCCCCAGCCAUGGAUUCAGCCCCAGGUCUUACUUCUUUGACAACCCCCGAAGAUACGACAGUGAUGAUGAUCUUGCCUGGAACAUUGCUCCUCAGGGACUUCAGGGAAGUUUUGCUCCAGACUACUAUGAUUGGGGACAACAAAGUAACAGCUCCCUGGCCCAAGCAGGAACUCUGCAGCAAGACUCCACUUUGGAUCCAGACAAAGCCAGCCAAGGGUAGUACCAGCUGACAGUCCUGUGCAAGAGUCCUCUGUCGGAAACCUUCAGCCAGACUGGAGGACAGCUGAGUUUUUAGGGCACUUUUCCUUUAUGAAACAGGACUCCAGUUUUUUUUGCAAUAGCUUUCUCAAGGCUAGGUAGGACUAAGCAAUAAUUCAGAGUGAUAAACUCUUAACUUUAGUACUAGCAGAGAGCCUGGCUAUUUCAGUGGGUAUAAUUUAAACUUUUAAAAGAGAUUCUGGACUUUUAUAAAGAUGUAUUUUAUAUAACUUAAAUACUAAUGCUAAAGUAUACUAGGUUUUUUCCUUGAUUGUUAUUGCAAUGUUGUAGUUUGCACAGAUUUUCAUGCAUAAUUCACUUUAAAACGUAUAGAAUACGUGGUCUAACAGUUUAAAGAUCCUUCCGUCUGAAGGUCAUUGAAGGUCCCAGUGAUUGUGACGCCUGUAACUGCCACUCCAGUGUUGAAAGUCUAGGGAAGCAGGGGACCGCAGUCUGUAGUAACAGGCUCCACAGCAGCAGUCUCUCUUGAACCCUGCCCACAGCCUGGUGCUUCUUCACCGACAGCACUACUGUACGCACUCCAGGAACAAACGGAAGCUGUCAAGAUGCACUUGCCAACACUAGUCGGCCACCUCGGCCGUGUGGGUAGCCACUUUGUAGUUUUCUUCAGCCCAGUUUAACUGAAUACUCACUACCUCAGGAGGAAGGCGAGAGUGCCUUCCCUGACUCAGCCAGUGCUCGCUAUAGCCAACAGUAAGCCACGGGCUCCCCACAGAGUGUUAAUAAUAAACAUUUCUGGCCCUCAAGCUAAAGGACUGUGGACUCCUGACAGCUUUUCUGUAAGCAUGCCUGUUAUUGGAUGAGCCUGACAUGGUGCUCACUGCCUGUGAUUUUUAAACAGUUCUUCGACGUCUGUUGAAAGCUAUGGGUGUGAAAAAGUGGGUUCUGCCUAUGUGGUAGCAGGACCCCUGUCUCAGCCAGAUAGUGUUCCUAGACAAUGUUCCUAUGUGCUAUCUCAGGGCUCCCCUGGGUGCACCCUAGAACCAAAAUGGCAAUCCCGGAGGCUUAGAUGCUCUGGCUUCUCACAAACUGCAUCAUCUGGUCACCAGGGCCGGAAGACAAGUCUCGCUCACAGGCUCUAGCCCACUUCACACAUCUCUCCUGCUGUCCUAGAGUUCAGGGAUUUAACUGGGACAAACCUAUGGGUCGUGAUUGGAUAGAACACCACGUUGAAGACCUACACAGCCCCCUCACCACAUCUUUGCUUUCAAGCAUGAGCAAACAUCUGGGUUACAAGCCAUUCUCAAUGGUUAUUUGCCAGGGUGAACUCCACAUGGAGGCCUGACUCAGUAGUUUACAAUAACAGUGUAUAAGACAGCUUACCUGUCACUGUACCUGCAAGUGUUCACUGUUGCAGCCAGUGCCUGUGUCCUUGUCUCCAGCAGCAGCCGAGGGCAGGGCUUUCUGAUAGUUCUGGGUGCACUCAUUUUAUAGCACAUGCACACUUUACAGUUUGUCACGGAGAAGACAGGCACCCAGCACUAACCAAGCUAUGAUCCACUUUUACGAUAACGCAGUCAGCAUUCAUGCCAGCUGUUUAUUUUUUUAUUGGAAAGGACAAAAUGAUAUGUCUAUGGAAACUCACCAUUAUUUAAAAAGACUAUUAACUCUUAAAGGCUGUCCCCACAGGCUGGAGUAUAAACACUGUGGCCGUGGAUCCCAUGUAGGGAAAGAGGAACAAAACUGUUCCAAAUGUGUUAGAUUAAACCUGGGGAAAGAAAAGUUCAUGUUUACACCACCAUGAAAUUAAAAUCCUGGUAAUAUUACAGCUUGAAGUACACAGGGUCAAGCCGGGUAUUAUGCUUGCAAUCCCAACACUAGGUCAAGUUUGAGUGCAGCCUGAGCUAUAGCAGUACUCUGAGAUGAACAGGUACAUGAGACAGAGGGAAUCUCACCAAAAAUGUGGUACCAGCAUUGAGGUCUGCCGUAACAAGAACAGGACACACACGACUUGGACUGCUGGGAAAGUCAUUUGCCCACAGAGCUAAGGAUCUGGCCAAGCUAUGUUUGUAGUUACUAUUGACUGGCAAAUAUUCCAUUAGACUUGGUUAACAGCCAAGUGUUAGGAGUUGUGAGCUACAAGUUAGUACGCAUACAUCCAGGUCACAUUGUUUUCCUUGUGGCUGCAGCAAGGAUGGAAUCCAGGGCCUUACUCAUAUAUGGCCAAUGCUCUACCACUGAGCUGUAUCCUCUGCUCUUGACAACUCUGUCUUGACCAUGUCAGACACAUAGUAGCUGUUCUGGUCCCAUGUUUAUCUGCAUAGAUUGGGAGGCACUAAGUUUGCCCAAAUUCCCAACUGCUUUUUGUGAACAAUAGUAUUGAACCAACACUUCACCCCUAUGAAGAACAAAAGCAGCGUUAAUUACUGUGGGCACUUGAGAAGCACUAUGAGAACCUCACUUGGAUCUGCGUAGUGUAUUAUGUAUUACUAGAAUGUUGUGUACCCAUAUGCAUGUGUACUUGCACAGUGGCCAUCAAAUCUUGGCCUUACACCCGCUAAGCAAGUGCUUUGCCACUGAGCUACAUACAUUCCAUCCCUGUUUGUUCUACAAGGUUACAGAUAACUUACCAAAUUUACAAGUGAAGACAACUAUUUUAGAAAAGAAUCCUCUCCCUUUUACCUGUCAGAGAUCUAAGCAAACUGGUCCACCAUUUCCAUUUUCUCCAGUGUGAGCUAUCCACAACUGAUGGGACCAGAUGGGGAGCUACUGAGCGGAACAGGUGCGAGGCAGCUCUCAGCAAAGACUAAACCAAUACGGCAAAGUGAGAAAACUUUUAAAAUGGGACUGUGAAGACAAGCUGUGUAAUUCAGUGUCCACUGGGUGUCUCUGCUGUACUGGGUUGGACUGACUGCAGUUGUUAUGAGUUUGGACCUGAGACAGCACAAAGAGGAUCACACAUACAUUAACUUCCUCUUAUCUCCUGGUAGGGACGUGAAGGCCCCUCUCCCAAAGAACAAAAUGCCUGGUACUUGCCAUAGCCAUCCCUAUGUCCCAAACUAUUGGACUCCCAAUACCUUUAUCUUGUCCUUGCCCUGGGUAGAUACUGUGUUCAGUAUGGACUCAUACAGUCCAGGCUUGUGCUCCUUGGAUCCAAAUGUAGGGUCUUGGCAGCUCCUAUGGAUAUCCACAGUUGCCUUCUCCAAACCUUCAUCUGCCCCUGCUCCGUCUUCUGAUGUAGAUACCUCACCGGUGGCUUCUUUUCCCUAAGUCUCAUCUGGUUAACACCUCAAAUUCUGACUUUCUAUGCUCUCAACAGACCAUUUUUCCCUGCACUUUAGCCCAGUUAGAACUGGAGUUUAGAGGCCCACUUUAUUCGGCUUAUGAGCCUCAAAAUUCUUCCCUUUCUACCAACCCUUGUUCAUGUAACUGUUACCCAUGUUUCUGACACCCACUAGUAUUUCCCAAUCAUGAUGUUUCUUCAAGACCCUAACUAAGCAUAAAAGGGUGCUUUCAUUCAGAUAAACAGUGCUUUCCCAGGGCUGCUGUGUCUGUGGAGCUAAGCCUCCUUCCUGAAGUUCCCUAUAAAUAAACUCACCAGCCCUCUCCAGGCUUCAAGUCUACAGGGCAGAGGCCUGUCAAAGGCUUUGUCCAGCUGUAGGUACAUCCCAGGCAGGUUGACCUAUGUGGUUUGAUGAGGCCCUGACUGGUAGCUAGCUGUCAAAUCGCUUUCCCCAGUCAGUGUUCUGACAGCAUCAGGAGGUUACCUGGACUGCUGGGAACCUUUCAGGUGGCACGUGGCCUCAGUGGCAUUUUCUUCAGGUGUGGGCUUACUAUAAAUGGAAUGGAAUCUGGUUGGGCUGUGGAAGCUGAGCUGUGUGGUGGCAGGAGUGUUUGUUUCGCUCAUUGCUACAUUCCCAGACCCCUCGAGAGUCAAAUCCCGUUCUUUUCAGAGCUGCCCUUAAGUAACUCUUGCACUUUUACCAAGCUUAACACUCACUGAAGGGCUUCCCCACUUAGGAGUCUUUACCAAGCUUAGCACUCACUGAAGGGCUCCCCCACUUAGGAGUCUUUAACAGAUACCCAAUUUUUUUUUAACAAAUAAAUGGAGGAGGGAAUUUUUUUGUUGUUUUGUUUUACUAUAUGAAGGUAAGUCCAAAAUCAUUCUUGGAGACUGUCUUACUUACCAGGUGAACUCUGACUUCAUGGGUGCUGUUUCAGACCUCUAUGAAUCGCUCCAUUUAGUAAGAGUGCUCAAAUUCUCCGGGUAGUUAAAAUCUAAAAGGGUCUUUCCAGUGUUGAGGCUAAGUUAGAAGAAUAAAGCAAAACCAUAAACACGUCAGAAAAAAAAUACCAGUGGAUUGCUGUCUUGGUCAGAAGUGGGGAAGCUAUUCUGUGAGUUAAUAUAGAAGCUAGCAAAGAACCAGUAAAUCCGACUAGAAAACAGCAUGGAAAAACCAUUAGAGCAAACAAACCCAAAUAAACUAGAAGACUAAGCCGCUCAUCACACUUGAAGGACCAAUACUAACAGGUGAGGUUCUUAUAAUCACGUGGUCAAAACGGACAAAGAUCAGUAAGCAGAGCCAGGAGAUGCCUUCACAUAUUAAAAGUUAUUCAUUUUAUAUAGUUUGGCAGACCCCAGUGUCUCUGACAGGGACGUUGUGGGUGAGCAGCACUGUCAGACUGUAGGUGGCAGAACCAGCCUCUGGAGGGCAGACUCCGUCAGUGCCUUUCACAACACAAAGUGUGUGUCAUCUUUCACUUUUCAAUACUUACCGUAGCGAUGCACGUACAAAUGUGACAUGACAUGUGGACAAUGCCCAAGAAUGGUACUGUUCAACUAAAUAAUGACACGGCCAUGGUAAGGAUGCCCAGCAACCACUAAAGUGAAAAGGCUGUGACAUGUGGCCACUGCAAUAUCAGGUGAUGAAAAGCAAAUGGUGUGUAUGUGACGUCACUCCCGGAUAGAGAGAAAUAAGGCUUUCUAUUUAUAUAUGGAUGGAAAUACACAAAACCCAGGGAAGAAGGCAUCUGUGUGCACUGUAGCAUUGUAUUUUUGGUAUAAAAUAUAUUUUUUAACCAUAUGAAUGUACCACCUAUUCCUAUUCAGAAAGUUAAAUAAAACAAGUAUUGUUUUUUAUAAAGCCUAUGGCUCAAUACAAAUCAAAGAAUGCCAAGGUUCCUAUACUUUGAUUGAAUGGUAAUAGGCCUUUACAGAAAUGACACAAAUGGCCCUCAUUAUCAUCAGUAGAGGCUCUGGAGCUGAUGGUUCUGGUGGCAUUUUCAGGCUCCGCAGCCAUGAGUUGUGACUUUGGCUGAGUUUCAACUCAUGUUUUUAUGCUUUAGGAAAUAAUUGUACUUACCACCUAGUGUGCUGGUGACGAGCUGACGCAUGUGGCACCCUCAGCACGGGCUGCCAACACCUGACAUUGUGAGUGCGAGAAGAUCCCCCUCAGAUGAUGUAGAUGUAUAUUUUCUUCCUGAUUCUUAAGUUAUAAUUGAUUGCUCUUGAAAUGGAGGAGGAGGAGGA